AUGGCUCCUAAAAAGGCACGCUCGUCCUCCCCCGCGAUUGAGCCCCGCGAGCGUUUGACGCUGGCCAAGUUGGCCAGCUACGAUGAUGUCGCAACCGAUGCGCUAGUGGACCACGCCUAUUUCUGGACCACGACUCGAAAAAACCGGACCAAGUACAGCCCCGCCCGCGGAAUCCACGACGAUGACGUUGGGCGUAUUCUCCUUCAUGAUGUUGUUGUGGCCAAGGAUGUGCCACAGGCCGAACGCAAGUUGCUCGAACUGCCUGGACUGAAAAAAUAUCUCGCCAAUCUCCGUAGUCCUCGGGAGAAGGAGUGGUUUCGACGACACAUCCGCAAAUAUGUCCAGAUGUAUCACCCGGAUUGCCCGUUUGAAGUGACCACGACCAACCGCUAUAUCAUCACCCAGCACGAGGCCGCUAUAUGUGCCCGCAAGUUCAUUAAAUCCGGCCAGGAGAUCAAGUUCCUCGCCGGGACUCUUGUUGCCAUGACCAAGGAGGAGGAGUUGGAUUUAGGCUUGACCCGCAGGGAUUUCAGCGUGGUCAUGUCCAGUCGCCGCAAGACUCCCUCCUUUUUCCUCGGCCCGGCUCGAUUUGCCAACCAUGACUGCGAUGCCAACGGUCGCCUUGUGACUCGGGGAACCGAGGGCAUGUCGGUUGUGGCCACCCGUGAUAUUCACGAAGGAGAGGAAAUUACCGUGUCCUACGGAGAAGAUUAUUUUGGCAUCGACAAUUGCGAGUGUCUGUGCUUGACCUGCGAACGCAUGGUCCGGAAUGGCUGGGCGCCUCACAUCGACUCUCCUCCAGAUAGCCAUGAAUCCUCGCCAGUCUGCGCAGACGACGAAACACUAACUGUUGACCGUCUGGCGGUGAAAAAGCGCCGACGCGGCUCUUCCACGGAAGUGGAAGAUGUUCCUUCGCUUUCCUCUACCCCACGCAAGCGGGCCAAGUUCAAGCAUCAGAUUUCCAAACUCCGAGAAGAGAUGUCUGCGUCCGAGCUGGAGUCUACUGCCACACCAGAAUCUGAUCUUCCCCCUACGCCGGAGCCUGACUUUGAAGCUGCGGUCGUCGAAACCUCCGCUGCAGGUGACCGGCAGUUGUCCAAAUUGAGACAAGAAAUCAUCCUAUCUGAGGCAGCAGGCCCUGCUGUCGAGUCGCAUCGGCCAGUUGUCAUAGCCGAACCAGCUGAGCCAGUUGAGACUGGCUUCCCCUCAUUGAAGUAUGACCCCGUUCGCUCUCUCGAUUCCAUCGAAUCCGCGGAACCCCGAAUGAGCACGUCAACAGACAGCGAAUCAUCCACGUCGGCCAACGAUAUAUCAUACCGUACCCCGUCUUCUAGCGUUACUUCUAUGAAUGAACCGGGGUCAAAAGCCAAAGCCGAAGAUCUCCCAGAUGCCGACCAGCACGGCCGGGAAUCCACAGAUGAUGGCUCCGAAGCAGCGCUCGAAAAGCCACGGAAGUCCCGCGGUCGUCGCAGGUGGGACGUCGUCACCUCUGUCGAAACCGAGGCCCCCGUCGCCCGAGUCCCAGGAGACUACACCAAGACUUCGCGUCUGCUUGCCCAGAAGUACGAUCGCUGGGUAGACUGCCAAACGUGUGAAACAUGGUUUGUGCAAUGCAACUCGUACCAGACACGGCGUGAAUGCCCUCGAUGCGAGCGUCACUCGAAGCUCUACGGAUACCAAUGGCCGCAAACAGAUAUGGACAGCGACGGCGAGGAGCGGAUCAUGGACCACCGUAUCAUCCAUCGCUUCCUGUCCCCAGAGUCCGAGGCUCGGGUCUCCCGUCGCGACCGCGGCGUCAGUUUCGGCGUCACGCCCACCCCCGAAUUGUCCGACGCCCGCACCGAGACGGAGUCCAGUGAUGCCGUCGACUCUCGUCGCAAUACCCGUGCUAGCCGCCGACGCACACGAGAGUUGCGGAUGACGAUGUAA